AUGUCAAAUCAAUAGCAACUGAAGGAAGAAUUACAGUUGUGUCGGUCUUAAUUAAGCAAAUUAAGUGUAGAGAGAGAUUAAGUAUUGAUCAUAUUUUCUAAAUAGACAGUGUUUGAACUAAAUAAAGUGAUUAGAUUAGUAGAGAGAUUGUAAAUUAUAAUUACAGAGAAAGAUGCUGAGAUAUUGAUGCUUCAUAAUUAAAUGGAUGAGUAAGAAAAAUAUCAUUAAUAAUAAUUGGAAUAAGUUAAGUAAGUAAUCUAUAAGAUGAAAUAAAAGAUAGCAUUAUGAGUAUUUGAAGGAAAGUGCAAUAGCAAGACUUAAGUCUGAGAUGAGUUUUGAUUCUGAGAUCAUGAUCAAAGAAUUAAGAGAGACAAAAUAAUUGUAUUAGGAAAUCUUAAUAAUGGAAGCUAAGCGGAAAUCUUCUUGUUCUUAAGAUGAGACUCGUUGUCAAUCCAUAAAUGAUUACUAGAAACUCUUUACAGAGAAAUAGGAACUAUAAUAAUUGGUUGAUAAAUUAUAGAAGAUGAAUGAUAGUUAGAAAAGUGAUCAAUCAGAUGAAUUAAUAUAAGAGAUACAAUAUUUACGUGACCAACUGUAGAAAUUGUACAAAUAUAUCUUUUAUAUCUAGAACCUUUGAAUUAGAAACUUCUAAAUAAACCAUAAAUAUUCUCCAAGUUCAAGUUCUUAAAUAAUAAGAUUUAUUGAAGGAAUACUACUCUAACGACUUUUAAGGGUGA